AUGGAUAAUUAUGAAAAUAAUAGAAAAAAAGAAAUAGAAGAAAUCAGAUAAAUAGAAAAUAAUAUUGUUUCUUAAUUAGAAUAAUCAUCAAAGUAUUUAGCUUUGACAGGAAAUCUACCAUCUUAUUAGGAAUACAAUGAAAUGACUGGAAAUUUGAAAUUUAAAGGCGAAUAAGCUGAAAAUUCAGAAAAAACUUUAUUUGCUUUAAGAUAAGAAGUUGAAUUAAGAAAAGAUUAAUUGAAUAAACUAGAGUCAGCAGAAGAAAGUGUUAAUUAGUAAAUGGCUUAAUUAAAUGAAAAACUUUAAAGUAUGUAAAGUGAAAUCGAUACUAAGUUUAAUAGAAUUCAACAAAUUAAAGUUGAUUUUGAAAACAAAGAAAAAAGAUUAAAAAAAGAAAGAGAUGAAUUACAAAAUUAUAAAAACACUAUAGUAGAUGAAUUAAGAAAAAUUAAUUAUGAUCAUAACUUAAAAGAAAAAAAAUUAUUAAUGCAUGAAAUGUACACUAGUUAUAGUGAAGCAGAAAAGAAAUAUUCUAAUAGUUAAAAUAAUGUUAAUAACUUAAAAGCUUUUAUUAUUACAAAAACAAAAGAUAUGAAUUAUGAAAUAAUUAGAGAAGAAUGUAGAAAAUUAGUUGAAGAUAUAAACAAAGUUUUACUUAAAUGA